AUGGCAAAACAGAAGAGAAAAGUUUCCGAAGUGACAGACAAAAAGAAGAAAAAGUUGAAGAAAACGUCAGCAGAAGAGACACUGCUGACACCUGAGGCCACUCCAGGCCACGAGAAAACGCACCUCCAGGGGGGAGCACCGUGCCCAGCGGUGCAGGACUUGGACCCCAAGCUAUCCUCGGAGGAGAAGAGGGUCCUGGAGAGGAAGCGGAAGAAGGAGCGGAAAAAGGAAGAGAGACAGCGUCUGCGGGAGGCGGCAGUCACCACCCAGAACCUACCAGCCAGGCGCUCAGGGGCGGAGCUGGCCCUGGCCUACCUGUGCGGGUGGGCCCAGAAGCACAAGGAUUGGAGGUUCCAGAAGACGCGGCAAACGUGGCUCUUGCUGCACAUGUACGACAGUGACAAGGUGCCCAAUGAGCACUUCCCCAGCCUGCUGGACUACCUGGAGGGACUGCAGGGCAGGGCCCGAGAGCUGACGGUGCAGAAGGCUGAAGCCCUGAUGCUUGAGCUGGACGAGGCAGGCGCCGGAGGCCCAGACCCCCUCCUGCUGGGGAAGGCCCAGCGCGUCCGGCAGGUGCUACAGCUGCUCUCUUAGUGGGGCAGGUGGUGUGACGGGGCCCCCGCCCUAGCUCAGGGAAGUCCUUGGACCACGCGGGAUGCAGCCGACCACCUCCUCCUGGCAGCGGAGCCAGGCUCCGAGGGGCCUUCCAGUUCCACAGACCCGAGACAGACCCUCCCCACCUACCCUGCUUGGCCAGAGGUGGUUUAAAGAUAACAGGUUUCACUACCCGUAGAGAAAGUGGUCGCUCUGAACUGACCCAGACACACUGGUCCCUGAACAUGGCCCUCAAGCCGUGGGGGGCUGGUCUUUUGCUUUUGAAAGAAACGUCUAUUUUUCUACCAGGGAUGGAUGUUUUAGAAGCUGGGCAGAGCUGGCUGUGGUCCUCACGUUCCACUGGGCGGCCCAGUGUGGGCCAUUUGUUCCUGGUCCCCUGCCUGCGUUAUGGCAGGUCGGGCUGUGGCAUGUCCACCUCUCCCUGGACAGUGCCUGGCCGCACUGCCUGGUCACAGGAGAGCCCUGUCUGGGCUGUGGGGUCAGACCAUGUACCUGUGGACUCUGCUGGCUGUAUUUUCAAUAAAAACAAGCCUA